GCUCGCUGCGAAGUAUCCUCCUGGUGGGUUGGUUACGCACAUGCACAUGCAUGUCUGAUAAGAGAUAAUAGGAUGCUUCGUCGAAGUCCUAUGGGAGCUUUCCCCGCUUAUUCGCAGGCCGAAUUGAAUACCACUACUACCAUGUGCUGUGCUGUGCCUCGUACCAGGCCAGCGGAUCGUUCCCCAUCGAGCUUUGUUGACAGCUGGACGGAUGUCGGUGCAUGAGGCUGGAUAUAUAAGCAAUGAACGUCAAUAGUCAGUCUCUUGAGCUUCAUCCAGUCUUCUGUACCAUCUCUCCGAAUUCAAUAUGUCGCCGCCCUCCGACGCCAAUGCUCCUGACGCCGCCCACUCACCCUCCACAGAGCACAGCCGAGGAAACAGCGAUCGACAUUUCUGGAAGUUCUGGCUCGUGUUCCUGUCGCUAUGCCUCCUAGUCUUCGCCUCCGUGCUCGAAGGCUCCAUUAUAACAACAGCCCUACCCACGGUUGCACGAGCGCCCGAAGCGUCGUCCCAGUACAUCUGGAUCGCCAACUCCUUUACACUCUCGCAGACGGCGAUUCAGCCCCUCACCGCGCAGCUGUGUGAUAUAUUCGGCCGCCGAGCGCCCUUGCUCCUCGCAAUCGGCCUUUUCGCUCUAGGUUCCGGACUCGCGGGCCGAGCUACGGGCGUGGCGAUGAUUAUAACGGGCCGCACGAUUCAAGGAUUGGGGUCUAGAAGCAUAUACAUGCUGGUCGACCUCAUCGUCUGCGACCUCGUGUCUCUUCGCGAUAGGGGGAAAUACCUGGGCAUCGUGUUGUCCACGGCAGCUGUCGGCGCGAUCCUGAGUCCCGUGUUCGGCGGAGGGCUGGCGAGGCCAAUUGGCGAUGGACGUUCUAUCUCAACUUGGCGGCAAAUUGGACGAAGAAUCGACUGGCUCGGCAAUACGCUGUUCGUUGCGUCCAUUACUUUGAUGCUCCUAGGUCUAGUAUUCAGUGGGGCAAUAGCGCCUUGGUCGUCUUAUAGCGUGCUGGUCCCUUUGGUCCUUGCGACAGGUUGGAUAGCAUUCCAUGCCUUCGAGGCGUCAGAGUGGUGUUACGAACCAUCUGUGCCACCUACACUCUUCACAAAUCGGACUUCUCUCGUGGGAUUCCUCCUGGCCUUCGACGCGGCAAUGCUUCUGCAGUGGACCAUUUACUUCCUGUCAAUCUACUUUCAGGGCGUCCAGUCUACCUCGCCUCUGACUUCGGGGGUAAACACGUUGCCAUACAACGCGUUCCUGAUCCCGGCAGCGAUGGUGGCCUGUGGCAUCAUGUCGAAAACGGGCGUCUAUCGACCGUUGCACGCCGUCGGCUUCGGAUUCGUCGCCCUCGGGGUUAUCUUUCAGAUGUUUACCGCCAUUGGCCAGGGCUUUCUCGCCACUACCAUCCUUCCAGCCAUCCAGGCUGCUCUUCCGGAUACGGAGAUAGCUAGUGCGACGGGGAUGUACGCGUUCCUCCGGUCGUUUGGCUUUGUCUGGGGUGUGACGGUACCGUCACUUGUUUUCAACGCGUACUUUGAUAAGAACAUCCACCGGACUAGCAAUGCAGCACUUAGGCAGAGUGUUAGGAUUGGAAGUGCAUACGGCACAGCUAGUGGGGCGUAUCUUGACGACUUGUCCGCUGCGGCUCGGGCCGAGGUGGAGAGUGUGUAUCGGUACGCUUUGCGGGCGGUAUGGCGGACUGCAAUAGCAUUUUCUCUCCUAGGAUUCGUGCUCUGUUUCGGUGCCCGACAGUUGGAGCUGCGCAAGGAGGUAGGAAAGGACUUCGGCCUGCGGGAGAAAAGGGAUCCAGAACGCGAGGGUUGA